UGGAGCUUCUGCGUUCUACAUGAACAUGUAUGCCAGCAUCAUAUUCAUGUGUUAUAUCGCUGCCAACAGGUAUCUGAAAAUCGUCCAUCCUUCAGGAGCCCAUGUCCUGCAGUCAGUACGAGCUGCCCACAUCAUCUCCAUGGUCACCUGGGUUUGUCUCCUGGCUCCAUCAGUUACUUAUAGCAUCCUCUUUUUCAUCACCCAGAAAGCUCUGACUUUUACCCCCAGCCGAUGUGAGCCCCUCUUCAGUGCAUCAAUCAACCUGUUCUUCAAAAUCAUCCACACCAUCUGUGCCAUCAUCUUUCUCUUAGUCUUCAUAUCCCUGGUCUUCUUCUACUACGGCAUUUCCCGCAGGGUGUUGCAGGCACAGCAGAGGCAGCUGGCCUCCUCCAAUGCUGAGAAACUGGUGAAUUCUCGCAGAAACAUGUUGGUGCUGGUCAGCAUCUUCUGUGUUUGUUUUGUGCCCUAUAAUCUGGUUCGCCUUCCCUUUACUUUUCUGUGGACCAGUUGCUCUGCGGGUCGGGUAUUGUUCUACUUGGAGGAAGUGGCCACCAUGGUGUCAAUUUUCAACAUCUGUCUGGACCCUCUUGUUUACUUUUUCCUCUGUAAGACUUUUUGGGCUCAAGUGAGCCAGAGGAUUGUAUCAAUGGGGACCAACAUCUAACAAGCAAACAAGAAUAGCAAGAGCAGGAGCAAGAGAGAGGGUGGACAUUG